GGCAUUAUCCUGAGACAGGAAAGAGAUCAGCCAUAUUUCCUGGGACACCAAAACAAGAGAUGGCAGCAUUUCAUAGAAUGUCAAAAGAUCCACCUCCACCUCCACUGCUUCCUGUACCUUCAUCUACACAAUCAGGAAUUUCAUCUGAUGGACAAUUCAUCCACCCCACAACAUCAAGUCAAGGUACUAAAAGAAAACGUGAUCAUGAAUCCGAGUCAUCGCUGACAUCAGAUGUGGAGAUCAUGAACACGGCAAAGCAAAUCAUGAAAAGAGUCACUGACCAAGCCAUCAUGAUGCACAGAGAUAUAAUUUCAAAGAUAGACAAAAUGGAUGAAGUUAGCAGGAAGAAGGCAACCAUUGGGAUUUUUGGAAAAUCAGGAGAAGGAAAGAGCUCCCUUUUAAAUGCAGUCUUGGGGAAAAAGGAUCUACUGCCAUCUGGUUGUUUUGGUGCAUGUACAGCAGUUAUUACCCAGGUGGAAGCCAAUCUGAGUGAUUCCAACUAUUCAGCAGAGAUUGAACUCUUCUCUAAAGAGGAGUGGGAGAAAGAGCUCAAAGAUCUUUUAAAUAUUUUAUCGGAUGAAAAUAAGGACAGAAAUGCUGACAUGAUAGAAAUUGCUCAAGAAAAGAUCACUGUGCUGUAUGGAGAGGAUGCAGAUCAAAAAACAUUCGAUGAGUUGAUGAUGGAGAAUUGUAAAAUAUUUGCAAGCUUGACUACGAAAAUCUCAAAGAGUGAUGUCACUGAAUUUGCAAAUGAGGUCGAUUUUUACAUACAGCACAGUAAGUCAAGCGGUGGUGGCUGGUACUGGCCGCUUGUAAAGAGUGUGACUUUCAAGAUUCCAAAUUGUGAUGAACUCUUGGAACACAUUGUGCUUGUUGAUAUUCCUGGGACAGGAGACUGCAAUAAGCUUAGAGAUGCCAUGUGGAAAUCUAAACUUCGAGAGUGCUCUAAUGUGUGGAUUGUAAGUGCUAUCAAUCGAGCAAUCACUGACAAAGAACCCUGGGGUAUAUUAAAGCACUGCGUUGAAGAUUUGGGACCAGGAGGAGAGUGCAAAAGCAUACAUUUAAUCUGUACAAAGACUGAUGAUAUCGAACCAGGAGAAUAUUUGAGAUCUGAACGGCUUACUAAAGGGCAAAUCUUUGAAACCUUUGGAGACAAGGAUCUGAAAAAAGCGUGCAUACUUCAUAGAAAUGAACGUGCAAAGACAGAAGUCAAAGAAAAGUUUGAAAAAUCGGAAAUCAAGAAAAGAUUCAGUUCUGACAAGAAUUUUCUUCAAGUUUUUACUGUAAGCUCCAAAGCUUUUUUUGACCACAAUUUAAAUCUGGAGCCCAGUGAAACAGAAAUAACAGAUCUGCAGGAAGUUCUGAGGACUCUAAACAAGAACAUUAACAGAGAACUGACCAGAGAUUAUGUCAAUGAAGCAAAGGGAGUUUUAUCUUUGAUCCAGAGUGUCCAACUGGAUACAGACAAGAAAACGGCUGAGACAAAAUCCAGUGUGCACAUUGAAUUUGAGGAGAACUUUAAAAAGGCACAAAAUGAACUGGUAAAAUAUUUUGACAACAUUUAUAAUAUCCUGGAGAAAUGUCUCUCAGAAGGAGUGGAAGAAUCAGUGCAAUUAUGUCUUGCAAACACACAGGCUGUGAUUUCACCUAAUAUUGAUAAAAGAGGAUUCCAUAAAACCCUUCAAGCAUUGUGCAAGAAUGGAGGAUGCUAUUGGUCGAAAGCUUUGGAUAAAGUCAUAGACCUGAACAAGCAAUUAGCCAAACACCUGCACGAAUCUAUUGACAAAGAUUUCGAUGAGAUUUUUCCUGUCAGUGGUAAAACAGGAAGGUCAGUGCAGGAACAGAUCGAUAUGUUCAGUAUCAUCCAGAGUAACUCUGCAUACACAAGAUCUCCCAUGUUACUUCACAUUCAGAACUACAUCAAAACAGAGGAAAACCAACUGAAGGCAUCGCUCAACAGAGAUGUUGUUAAAAGGAAAAAGAAAAUCUAUACAUCAAUCCAAACAACCAUUGAGGAUGCAAUGGCUUCUUGUUAUGAAGAAGCUGCAGCGGUGAAAGGAGAAGGAUCCAUGAGUGUAAGGCAAGACAUGUUAAUAAAGCAUGUUGAUUUGAUCAAACAUGACAUGUUCAACAAGGCAAAAAUGAAAGUCCUUGAAAGGUUCAAUAACUUAAAGCUGUAUAUAAUAAAUACUCUUGAAUUUGGACUGAACGGAUCAAUGAAACUGUCACAGUCACAAACAAAAUCAUUGUUGGAUGUCUCCAGAGAGACUGAACAGCUGGAGAGACUGUCAGAUCAACUGUAUGACUGAGAUCAUCAAGCAAUGAACAGGGCAAGAGAAAAGAUAUGAUUCACAAAAGGGAAAUAUUCUUAACACUUUAUUUUACAGUGUCUGAGUUAUACAUAUUACAUGUUACUAAAAGUAAACUCAACAUAUUACUCAGAGGUUUGGGUUUUAUUUUAAGUUUGAAAAACUGCAGAUCAUGAUACACAAACUGUAUACUGAUUUAUAGCAUAUUUAAUAUGAUAACCUUUAUAAAAGCAAUGAAUAGAAAUGAUAUUUAAAAGCAUAUGGCAGUUUGCCAAUAUUCAAGAACCUAUAUUGGUGAUUUAUAGGUGGGAAAUAGUAAAAGGGUUUUAUUUUUUGUUGUUGUUAUAAUUUCUGAAAAUGAUUUGCAAAACAAUCAAAGCAACAGAUCUUUUUUAACACUGUUAAUGAGUCUAGCAUUUGUGAUUGAUAUUUGACACUUAUUCAAUAAAUUAAUGAAUGUAUUCAUAAAGUAUCUAUCCAUGUUUAAUGUUUAAGCUAUGACAACAGGACAAAAUAGUGAAGCCUUUUUUUAUUUAUGCAAAUUAUACAUUUACAAAUACAUAAAAUCUUAAGAGUAAACUUUUUUCUGCUAUACAUAAAUCUUAAUAAUAAACAGCCUAAUUAAUACAAUUGCCUUCACACUGGUGCAAUCAAAGAUGGAUGUGUAUUAAUAAACAAAUUAUAGGCUAAUGUAAGUCUCAAAGUUAUAGAUUUAAAGAGUUCACCCCCCUAAUAUUUAAACUAUCCUCAUAUACACACCCUUGUGUUGAUCUGAACAUAUAUUUCUUUUUUCCUGUGGAAUGCAAAAGGAGAUAUGAGGCCAACAUUAUCAGUCACCAUUCACUUUCAUUGCAUCUUUUUUCCUUAAAAAGUGAACGGUGACAGAGAUUAUUUUUUUUUAAAAAUUAUAUUUGUUUUAUUAUUAUUAAAAAAAAAUAUAUAUAGAGAGAUUUUUUUUUUUUAAUUCCACAAGUUUUGUGUUCCUACUUGAACUAUUUGGCAUUUGAAGU